CAAAAAACAAACCAUAGACUUGCACUGGUCCCAUCAUGGCCAGGGUCUACGUCUGCUUAGUAGCUUUGCUUUGGCAACUGUGUGCCCACACUGCACUUGGACAGGACUUGUUUGUUAUAGAUGAAACUGGUGAUUAUGAGUAUUAUUACGAUUACACGCCCGAAAGUCCUGCAGAAGAUUAUGAUUUGUCUCUAGAUGACUGGCUGUAUGAACUCAUUGAUAUCACAGAUGCGUGUGAUCCAAACCCAUGUUUGAAUGGAGGCAACUGUAACUACGCUGCAAAUGGAAACUUCACAUGUUCCUGUCCUGAGCCUUACUCAGGAAAGAAGUGUCAGACAGUGAAAGAUGUUUGCAAGAAUGUGAAAUGUGGCCACGGAAGCUGUGUCGUCACUUCUUCUGUUCCUUUCUACGAGUGCAAGUGCAAGCAUCCGUACAGACCUCCCGACUGCAAGAAAGCUUCCACCUGCAGGCCCAAUCCCUGUCAGAAUGGAGGCUCUUGUCUGAAGGGAACCAAACGCUCCUCCUUCCAGUGUUACUGCCCUCCUGGAUAUGUUGGGAAGUUCUGUGAAGUUGGACCAAACGACUGUUACCAAGAAGAUGGAGAGUUUUACCGCGGCAUGGUGAGCGUGACAGUUGAAGGGGAAGAGUGUCUGGACUGGAAUUCCUAUUUCAUUGUGCAGAAAGGGGGAGAUCCUUUCAAAGAGUAUGCAGGCUUCGAUGGAAUUGGACCUCACAAUUACUGCAGGAACCCUGAUGGAGAUGAUCAGCCCUGGUGCUUCGUUAACAAUAAUGGCAAACUGAAGUGGAACUAUUGUAAAGUUCGGAAAUGUUCUGGCGCUUCACCCACCGUACCAACCAUCCACGAAAAAGAUCCAACUCCAGCCAAGCCGGACGUCAUUCCUGCCCAUUUCUCCCAGUGUGGGAAGCCGCAGCCCGGCCGCUCGGCCAGGAUCUUCGGAGGGAAGAAGUCUCUCCCUGGGGCUCAUCCCUGGCAGGUUUCCCUGCAGACCAGAACCAUAGGCUCCUACGGGCCCUUCAGCCACAUCUGUGGAGGCAUCCUGGUCGAGUCCUGCUGGGUGCUCACCGCUGCACACUGCAUUAAAAGUGGAGUGGAGAUGCAGGUGGUGAUGGGAGGAGUGGACAUAGAGAAGGAUGAAGUUUAUGAUCAGGUCAUUUCUGUGGAGAAGGCCAUCGUGCACGGGGAAUACAGAGAGAGCCCCUUUGCUCUUCAUAAUGAUGUUGCCAUGCUGAAGCUGAAAGUCACAGACAGACCAUACUGUGCCAAAGAAACACGUUUUGUAAAGACAGCCUGCCUGCCAAACCAAGACUUCAACAGCGGGAGUGAGUGUGUGAUCUCAGGAUGGGGAGUGACUGAAACACAGAAGUACGGUACCAACCAGCUGCUGGACGCUCGUGUUCUCCUCAUCUCCCAGGAGAAAUGUAAAGCCCCCCAUGUUUACGGAGGCGCUCUGGAUGACAGCAUGUUCUGUGCAGGCAACAUGAGAGGAGGUGUUGACUCCUGCCAGGGUGACUCCGGCGGCCCUCUGGUGUGUGAGCGUAAUGGGACCCACUAUGUUGUUGGAGUUGUGAGUUGGGGCGACGGCUGCGGCAAGAAGUAUAAGCCCGGUGUCUACGCCAACGUCGGCAAAUUUGUUGACUGGAUUGCUUCUCAUUUACGCUCAUGAGGAUGCAUGUGGCCACAAUUACAGACUCUGUAAUGUCCUGUUGUAUCACUUUCACUCCAUCCCCAGACUAUCAAACAUGUGACGCAGCAGCUCAUAUGUAUUAGCUCCUGAAUACCUCACUGUGGUGUGAUUACACAAAUGUAAGUAGGCUUGCAGCAACUGUUAACGAAGAAAUAUACAUUAAAACUUACUGUCUUACUAGAACAACAUUUAUCAUCUCUAAUUCCAGUUAUUUGAGAAUAAUGUGCAGAAUAUUAGGAUGGUCAAACUUACUCUUUGCAUCUAGAGCUGCAACAAUUAAUCAAUCAAUUGAUUAGUGGGUCAACAGACAAUUAUUUGGACAAUGUAGUUUAUAAUACAGUCAAAUAAUCGUUUUAGUAAUUUCUAGGGAAUAAAAGCCAAACAAUGUUGUUUCAAGCUUCUUAAAUUUGAGAAUUCAUUUUUUUCUCUGUUGUAUGUGAUAAUAAACUGAAUAACUUUGGAUUUUGGGACUGCUGGUUGAAUAAAAAUGACCAUUUGAAGACA